UCAGAAAUAUACAUACAUUUGCCGUCGAUUCUCAUAAUGGAUGUCUUCUUGGUGUCACUCAUCAUCUCACUGAUCCUCCUGAUCGGAGGAAGCAGCGAAGCAAACACCGCGGUUGCUGCGGCCAUACCGUCUCCCACAGGGAUGGAGUACUGGCAAAAACUAUUCCCUGAAACACCUAUGCCCCCAGCCAUAUUAGACCUGUUGACACCACUGCCUGCAGAGGAAUUAAAAGAAGUAUCAGUGGCAUAUGAGAAACAAGGUAAAAAGCCAAUGAACCAUUUCUUUGUGGGACAUAGCUCAAACAAUCAGCAUGAAAACUCUCUACGCUCAACCAAAGUAGAUGGACUAAAGGAAGUGUCAGUUUCAUAUGGAUCACGCCAAGAGGAUGAACAUGAACAUUGUUUACAUGGAACCAAAGUGGGACUGAAAGAAGUCUCCGUGUCAUAUGGAAGUGAAGGUGAAGAGGAGAUCAGGAAAGCAUUCCCUAUGGGACGACAUAUGCUAAACAAGGAACGAGAGAAGCCUCUACACACAGAUAAAGUAGAGCGACUAAAGGAAGUUUCAGUGUCCUAUGGAAGUGAAACUAAAGAGGUGCCACAGGAAGAAAUCCCCAUGGAACUAUCUAUGUUCGAAAAGGAACCAAAAGCAAAUCUAAACACAAACAAAGUGGGACUAAAGGAAGUCUCAGUGUCACAUGGAAGUGACGGUGAAGAUAAACCAAGUAAAGCAUUCUUUACCAGAGGGUAUAUGCUGGGAAAGAAACAUGAAAAAUCUUUACAUGGACCUAAAGAUGUACUAAAAGAAGUGUCGGUAACAUAUGGACCAGAAUUGAAACUAAGCACUGUGCUCCCUGUAGGAUAUGAAAAUCAUAAAUAUACAGACACUAUCGAAGGAGUGAAGGAAGUCUCAGUGUCAUAUGGAAGUGACAGUGAAGAGGAACCACACAAUACAUUCCCUACAAAAUAUAUUUUGGACAAGGAACACGAAAAUCCUCUACAUGUGGACAGAGAGAAACUCAAAGAAGUCUCGGUGUCAUAUGGCCCAAAACUAAAAGCAAGCAAUUCGCUCCACACAGGAUAUGGACAUAAAAGAAAUAUAUACGUAAACGGAGGACUAAAAGAAGUGUCAGUGUCGUAUGGAAGUGACGGUGAAGAGGAACCACACAAUGCAUUCCCUACAAAAUAUAUGUUGGACAAGGAACACGAAAAUCCUCUACAUGUAGACAAAGAGGAACUCAAAGAAGUCUCGGUGUCAUAUGGCCCAAAAAUAAAAGCAAGCAAUUCGCUCCCAAUAGGAUCUGGACAUAAAAAACAUAUAUACGUAAACAGAGCUACAGGACUAAAAGAAGUGUCAGUGUCGUAUGGAAGUGACGGUGAAGAGGAACCACACAAUGCAUUCCCAACAAAAGAUAUGUUGGACAAGGAACACGAAAAUCCUUUACAUAUAGACAAAGAGGAACUCAAAGAAGUCUCGGUGUCAUAUGGCCCAAAAAUGAAAGCAAUCAAUUCGCUCCCCAUAGGAUAUGGACAUAAAAAAUAUAUAUACAUAAACGGAGGACUAAAAGAAGUGUCAGUGUCAUAUGGAAGUGAUGGUGAAGAGAUAAGCAAAGCCUUCCCUACAAGAGGAUCUAUGCUAGACAAGAACCGUGAAAAUUCUGAACACAUGAAGAAAGGUGCUGGAAUGAACCAUCGACCCCACAUUCACGCCCACGGCAACACAAGGCGGCUGGCCGACGUAUUCUUCUUCCACGACGCCCUCCGGCCAGGCUCCAUCAUCACGCCGACCAUCCCGACGACCGACUCGCUGCCGGCACUCCUUCCUCGCCGCGUCGCCGACUCCAUCCCGUUCUCCACCGACCGCUUCGCCGACAUCGUCGCCAUGUUCGCGCCAGCGUCCCUCGCCAUGGCCCGCGAGAUACGGUGGGCGCUGGACACCUGCCAGCACCCGCGCCCGCUCCCUGGCGAGAAGGCCGGCUGCGCCACCUCCCUCGAGUCCCUUGCCGAGCUCGCCGCCGGCCUCCUCGGGACGCGCGACGUCCAGGCGUUCUCCGCCGCCGACCUGCCCACCGACGGCGCGGACACGCCGGCGCAGCGCGGGAGGUACAACGUGACCGCUGUGCGGGAGCUCUCCGCCGGCGCCGCCGGCUCGGAGCCAGCGCUCGUCGUGGCGUGCCACGACCUGACGUACCCCUACGCGGUGUUCUACUGCCACACGACCAAGCCAACCGCCGCGUACGCGGUGACGCUGGUGGCCGCGACCGAGGUGGACGGCUCGCCGUCGCCGGCGAGGAUGGAGGUGCUGGCCGUCUGCCACCUCGACACGUCGCGGUGGAACCCGGCGAACCCGUUCUUUGUGGCGCACAGCGUCAAGCCGGGGGAGGUGUCCGUGUGCCACUUCCUCACCAAGCUCAGCAUUGUCUGGGUCCCACGCACUGACAAGGGUGGCCCACGUGCAAACUUUACUCCCUCCAUUUUUCUUUAACACGAUGUUUGGUUAAGUUAAUUUUUAACCAACCACUAUCAUAUAAAAAAAUUGGAGGGUGCAUAAGUUCGUUGAUCAUUUUGUGAACCAAAUGCACGUGGCGCAUAUAUGUACUACCUCCGUUUAUUAACGUAAGAUGUUUGACUUUUUGUUA